AUGCAGAGGAAUGGGGUGAUGGAAUGCAGCGUCUGCCACUCCAAGGUGGUGGCGACCCCGAGGAGCAUAUCAAGGGCAUAUGACAAGCACAAGAGCAAGAUAUCAUCCAAACAACGUGUGCUCAACUUCCUUCUUGUGUCCGGGGACUGCGUCUUGGUCGGCCUUCAGCCUAUCCUAGUCUUUAUGUGCAAGGUUGAUGGAAAAUUUCAGUUCAGUCCCAUCAGUGUUAACUUUUUGACGGAACUUACAAAAGUUUUCUUUGCUAUGAUAAUGCUAAUAAUCGAGGUUAGUUCUUGCAGUCCAAUAUCCUUUCCUCACUUGUUAUUUGUGUUUCACUCCUUGUAUCUGUUUCGGAUGCAGUUAUACUUCAACCCCUCGACUGUGAAGAUGCUAAGCAACCUGAAGGUACUUGUCAUAGCUGUACUCCUAAAGUUUAUAAUGCGAAGGAAAUUCUCUAUAAUUCAGUGGGAAGCCCUUGCCCUGCUGAUUAUUGGAAUCAGCGUGAAUCAACUACGCUCAAUGCCCGAGGGCACCAAAACUUUUGGUCUUCCAGUCACCGCAAUUGCAUACAUAUACACACUAAUAUUUGUUACUGUCCCAUCAUUUGCCUCCAUCUACAACGAGUAUGCAUUAAAAAGUCAGUUCGACACAAACAUCUAUCUUCAGAAUGUGUUUCUAUAUGGUUAUGGUGCAAAUUUUAGUCUCCUUGGCAUCCUGGGGACCGUCGUAUUUCAAGGUCCAGAGUGUGGCUAG